AUGGCCACCGAACAGCUGAUUGUGUUUCCGCCUUCGGUAUUGGCGAGAAUCUCCCCGGAGCUUACGCUCCAAAGACACUUGUCCCAGGGCUUGAGACCCUCAUUGCGUGAGUUCACAGAAUUUCGCCAGGUUGUGGCUUCUCAAGGUAACUUGGGAAAUGUCAGCACAGAUGCCGUUGUGGGCUCUUCUGUGGUGAAACACGGCGGUUGUCAUGUUUUUUGCGGCAUCACUUUGGGUAUAAGCGAAGUGAACAACCUGGACGAGGACUUUGCAGCUGCUGAGCCUGAAUCGUCAAAGUACACUUCGGUGUACCCUGUGGUGGAGGUUGCCAGAGGAAGACAGGGUGCUCCUAGUGACGAGGAGCAGAUUCUCCUGCAAAAAUUGUACAACUUCGUCUACCACCUGCGGAUGCUUCCGUACCUGUCGUUGGACAUCAAACCAGGUUACGAAAUCAAGGACGAGGCUUCUGGAGAGGUUUCCAUUAUCUACCCAGACGACAAGUCGUUGAGCGAGGAUGAGAUUCUGACGUUAUUCUCGACUGUCAACGUCAGCAAAAAGCAGCACAAGUUUGCUCUCUACGCCCACAUUAAGGUGUUUUCCCGAGACGGACCGCUCUUCGAUGUGGUGAGCCAUGCUCUAAUAAACGCCUUGAAGAACGUCUCGCUUCCCAGAAUCUACCUUGCUGACUCGGGUGUUGAUCCUAACGUUAGAGUGCCUGUUCGUUCUAGAGGCAAUUUUGGCCAUUUGGACCAGCUGUCCAGCAUUUUUUGCAUUGAUUCCAAUAAAGAGAUUGCUACACCUUUGCAAUUGAACGAAGAUGAGUUGGCCACUUCGUCCAGUUUCGGCUUGGUCGAGAUUGACGACGCUGCCGGCCAGGUUGCACUUUUGGCUGAUUUGGAAGGUGAAGCCGAGGAGGCGAGCUGUGAAAGCAAAAUCAACAUUGUUGCAUCCAAAAAGAACCUCAAGCAUGUUAGUAUAGCCGGCGGUGGCGCCAAUGUCACGCUAGACACCUUGCGGAAGGCUAUCAGUUUGGCUUACGAGAGAGCCGCCUAA